CCACCUUUGCUCUCCUCCAACCCAUUUCCCAACUGGUAGCAUGCUGUCGCGCACCAGGCCGUUCUCUCGCCUGCAGCGCUCUGCGUUGCAGGUGAAGAAGGCCAACAACCUCUUUUUUUCCACAGUGGUUGCCGGCUCUAGGCUAUCGGCUCCUGGGAAGGUCGUUCAAACUACCGCUGUGCGCGGUAUUCUCCCUGCUACACAAAACAAUUCGGCCCGCUCUUAUGCCACUGAGGCCAAAGCCCAGAUCGGAGUGGUGAAGGCUGUGAUAGGACCAGUCGUCGAUGUGCAAUUCGAGACCGAAGACUUGCCUUCGAUUCUCAACGCCCUUGAAGUUCAAGACUUCGCCGGUGGUCGCCUGGUCCUAGAGGUUGCAUCGCACCUCGGAGAAAACUCAGUUCGCACCAUUGCCAUGGAUGGUACCGAAGGUUUGGUUCGUGGUCAGAAAGUUGCUGAUACCGGCGCCCCGAUUCGAAUUCCCGUUGGCAAGGGAACCCUCGGCCGCAUCAUGAACGUCAUUGGGGAACCAAUUGAUGAACGUGGUCCCAUCAAGGGUGACAGGUUGAAUCCCAUCCACUCUGAGCCCCCGGCAUUUGUCGAUCAGUCGACCACCGCUGAAGUCCUUGAGACUGGAAUCAAAGUUGUAGACCUCCUUGCUCCUUACGCUCGCGGCGGGAAAAUCGGCUUAUUCGGUGGCGCUGGUGUAGGAAAGACGGUGCUUAUCCAGGAGCUGAUCAACAACGUGGCCAAAGCACAUGGUGGUUUUUCCAUCUUCUGUGGUGUGGGCGAGCGCACUCGCGAAGGAAAUGAUCUCUAUCAUGAAAUGAUAGAAACUGGUGUCAUUCAGCUAGAGGGCGAGUCCAAAGUUGCACUGGUUUUCGGUCAAAUGAAUGAGCCUCCUGGCGCACGUGCCCGUGUUGCCCUUACUGGGCUCACAAUUGCGGAGUACUUCCGUGAUGAGGAAGGGCAAGAUGUCUUGCUCUUCAUUGACAAUAUCUUCCGGUUCACCCAGGCUGGUUCUGAGGUGUCAGCCCUGCUCGGUCGUAUCCCGUCUGCUGUAGGAUAUCAGCCGACUCUCUCCACAGACAUGGGUGGCAUGCAAGAGCGCAUUACUACGACAAAGAAGGGUUCCAUCACAUCUGUGCAGGCCGUCUACGUACCUGCCGACGAUUUGACCGAUCCUGCGCCUGCUACGACGUUCGCCCAUCUUGACGCUACCACCGUGUUGUCCCGUGCAAUCUCUGAGCUGGGUAUCUACCCUGCUGUGGACCCCCUGGACUCGAAAUCUCGUAUGUUGGACCCUCGUAUUGUUGGUCAAGAACACUACGAAAUUGCCACCGCCACCCAAAAGAUCCUACAGGACUACAAGUCCCUCCAGGAUAUUAUUGCCAUCCUGGGGAUGGAUGAGCUGUCCGAGGAAGACAAACUUACGGUGGAACGGGCCCGGAAAAUUCAGCGAUUCAUGUCACAGCCUUUCCAGGUUGCCCAAGUCUUCACCGGCAUCGAAGGCAAGCUUGUGUCUCUCAAAGACACUGUCCGUUCCUUCAAAGAAAUCCUCAGCGGCAUGCAUGACUCCCUACCAGAGUCUGCUUUCUACAUGGCUGGAACUAUCGAAGACGUCAAAGCUAAGGCUGAACAGCUCGCUAAACAGAUGGGCUCCAGCUAAACAACAAACGUCUGUAUCUACAAAUGAGGUCCCUCUAAUAUAUUCUGUGGCCUGAAGACCAAAGCUGGGCAACCCCUUCCUCCGGGCCGUUCAGGAGAUCCAGAGGAGCAUGUCAAUGACGUGCCAGUGUCAAGUCGUUAUGCAAUAUGAGGUGACAUAGGACAGUUACCCUACAGAGAGUCUGGUUCAUUUGGUGUACUGCGCCCGCACUGCAGGC